AUGGCCUCUGGUGCUCAUCAAGUCAUUGCGCUGCUGCAGUCCUGUCGGGCGGCGUAUGAGCAGGAAUACCAACACCUCUCUCCUGCCGACCGCGAACAGGUCGCGCGAGUCUGGAACUCGAUGAACUCAGAGAUCCGAAACUCGGCUUCUUCUUCCUCUCAACAAUACGGAACGUCACUUCCCUCGAAACGAACUGCGUCCGGUGCAAUGUUUGGUGACUUGGAGCCCAAUCCGAAACGUGCCGGCCAUACGCCGUUGGCUUCCUCGGUUCCAUCGGCACCUUCCCUUGAGCGACACAUCUCAGCACCAGUCGGUCAGUCGACAUCGCGGACGAUCCAGCACGGCCGACCUGCACCGCGGACGUCGUCGCAGCCGCACACCUCAGCGACGAUCGGCCCCGUCCCCAUCCCCCGUCGCACCAGCGGCCAACGACGAGGCUCGACCGCCGCGUCGUAUCCCAAUCGGUACACUGGACCCAACCUCCACUACAUUGAGGAGGUCCAGGACAUGUCGCCGGCCGACUUUCUCGCACGGUCUCCGGACGACCUUGCCAUGCCGACGAUCUCGUUGACGCCUCCCACACACGUGGAGCGCGGUGAGUUCCACAUCAACCAGAUUUCCCAGCUCACAUCAUCACCGUAUUCUCCAGCGAUAGAGUCACCGGGGGUGUACACUCCGAUGACGGCAACUAGUGAUUCGAGCAUGACGGCGCCCUCGACAGUCUUGUCGGAGCCCAUGUCUCGCAACAACACAAGUGAUGUUCUCUGCGACGGCUUUGGGAUGUUUCGCAUGGACUCGCAGAGUUCGGCGAAGGAUCACAAAGCCAACGCCAGGGCUGGCCACGAUGUUGGCCCAGCACAACCACUCUUUCCUUUUUCUUCUUCUUCCGUGGUUGGAACCGGCUUCGGUUGCAACGAGUUUGUGUCCUUUCAGGAUGAGGAGGGGCUUCCCUCAUCAUCGUCUCCGUCUAGUUUUGAGAUGAAGAAUUCUCCCUCUUCGGGGAGCAAUGCUUCAUCCGUUUCCGUUUCUUCUCAACCUUGUUUCGUGUCGGCUCGAGGGCUUCCGCACCAGCAGCAGCAGGAAGUCGUGCCUCGUAGCAGUAACACCGUGUCACGCCUGUUGGCUCCCAAGACGGAGCAGCGUCUUGCAGCCGCAGAAGGGUCAUCGGCAAGGCAGCAGCAGCAGCAAGCCGACAUGCCGGCACCCAAGCUGGUCGCCGUGCAGGGCGCUGACGGGACCGUGAAGCACAAGGCCGAGAUCACGCGGACGGUGCGACAGCAACUGCCGCGCAAGACGACCUUUUGUGAGUUCUGUAACGAUCAACCGCAGGGCUUCCACGGCGACCACGAGCUGCGCCGGCACAUCGACCGCCACCACUCGCAGGUGCGCCGCGUGUGGAUCUGCAAGGACGCCUCGGCCGACGGCAAGUUCCUCGCCAACUGCAAGGCCUGCCGCAGCCGCAAGAGCUACGGCGCCAACUACAACGCCGCCGCCCACCUGCGCCGCGCCCACUUCAACCCGUGCAAGAACCGCCGCGGCGGCCGGGGCAAGAAGAGCGAAGGCCGCGGCGGCAUGGGCGGCGGCAACUCGCCGCCGAUGGAGUUCCUCAAACACUGGAUGUAUGAAGAGCUGGAACUCAACGUCAACGGCCGUGUCAUUGUCCAGGACAUCAACGUGCCCAGCAUGACGUUCCAGCCUGCGGUCGUCAAUGAACACAUCAAGUGCGCCUCGAUGAUGAACCCCGCCGCCGCCGCCACCGCCAAUGACAUGGACAACAACGACACCGCCGCCGCCGUCGACAGUUUCGAGCUCGACACCAACGUCAACAUGAUGAUGCCCGCGGCCAUGGAUCUCGCGCAAGAGCAACUCUACUUUGACAACAUGAUGCCCGACAACUAUGCCGGCGUCGACCCGGCCAUGAUGAUGCGGCACACCGCCGUGUACAGCCAGGCCGGGUUCUACCCUGUCAACGAAGCCGGCCUUGCCUUUCAACAGUACUGA